CGCCGGAAGUUUUGAUUUUCUAUUCAACAACUUUUUGGUGAUGUCUCAAUCUUUAUAUUUGCCAUUGCCUUUAUGAUAUCAUAAAUCUUUUGGGAUUGAGUAAUCACUGACAUCUUGAAAAGAUGGGACUAUUUGGUAAAAAUAAUGAACGCCCGCCAAAAGACCUGGUGAAUGAUUGGACUCAUAAGUUAAGAAAAGAAGGCUAUGUUAUCGAGAGACAAAUAAAAGCAAUUCAGAGAGAAGAAGAGAAGACAAAACGAAUGUUAAAAGAUUCAGCUAAAAAGGGAGAAAAAUCAAGUUGUGCCAUCCUAGCCAAAGAAAUUGUUAAAUCCAGGAAAGUGGUUAACAGACUUUAUGCAUCUAAAGCUCAACUAAGCUCAGUUCAGAUGAGCAUGAAAAAUCAGCUGGCUACACUAAGACUAGCAGGUGCCUUACAGAAAAGUUCUGAAGUAAUGAAGAGUAUGCAAUCAUUGGUUAAAGUUCCAGAAAUAAUGGCUACCAUGAGAGAAAUGUCGAAAGAAAUGAUGAAGGCUGGUAUUAUAGAAGAAAUGUUAGAAGAUACAAUGGAAAGUAUAGAUGAUGAAGAAGAAUUAGAAGAAGCUGCUGCAGAAGAAGUAGAUAAGAUAUUAUAUGAAAUAACAGCAGGAGAGUUAGGUAAAGCUCCAACAGCUGUAGAUGAUUCAUUACCAGUUGUAGAAGGUGCUUCAGCUUUACCACAACAACCAGUUGAAGAUGAAGAUGAUAUGGAGGAUAUGAAAGCUCGACUUGAAGCUCUUAGAAGUUAACUUUCAACAUAUUUUAAUCUCAUUUGUAAAAAUCUCAUACAUCAUCAAAUAAGUGUUAACUGGUUAAAAUUACAUAGUACAAUAUAUAUUUUAAUAUUUAUUUAUAGUUUUAUGAAGAUCAACUUCAAAGAAAACAAACCUUACACUAUAUAGUUUUAGGAUUUGGGAAAAUGAGUGUCGAAAAAAAAUGAUUAACAGUUAAUGCACUAAGUAUAUAAAAUAAAAGUUUUACAAAAUGUAAAGAAUAAAGAAACUCAGCAUUUAAAUAAUCAUUCAGCAAGAAAUUGUUGAAAACAUAAACCACUAACAAGGUUUAAUAUCUAAUCUACGCAUCUAGGAUACAGUUAUAUAAAAAAAAUUGUACUUACAAAGAUCUAGGAUAUAGUUACGACUAAUAUUUAUAGUUAUUCAUGAUUUAUAUAAUUGCUUGUUCUAUAUAUUAUAAUAAUGAGGGUCUCAUUAAACAAGCAGUCUCUGAUAAAUCUGGUACAGUUCCUUUAUGGUAAAUAUAAUAAUUUCUACAAUUAUUAGGAUAAGGAUAUAUUCCGGUCAGUUAUUCAUAACAUCUUAAUAGAGUUUUUAGAUUAUAUGAUUAGACAAAGUAGAAAAUGUUUUAGUUCAGUAUUGGGGAUAGUAAGAAAAAUGAAAAAACAUCAUUUUUUUUUAAUGUGUAAAAGAUAACAUGUACUGUACAUAAUCAAUUGAUAUCAUUAGUAAACCUUGUUUAUGUAAAUAAUAAUUGUUGUAUUAGAAGAAGUUUGUCUAAUACAUCUUGUAAAUAUAUUCCCUUAUAUUUAUAUGAUCAGAUAUUUUAGUGCGUAGUCUGUCUGUUAAUUUUUUUUAUUAUUAUUUAAAGAUCGUCUUAGGAAAAAAAUUUAUAUAUGGUAUAGAAUAUUAUGAAUACAUCCAAAAAUAUAGAUAUGUACAUAUUAUAUAAAUUGUAGCAAUACAAAAUAUUAUAUUUCCAAAUUUGAGACAUUUUUAUGAAAACCCACAAACCCUUAAUUAAAUAGAUCUAGUUGUGUGUAUUGUUGUAGGGAAGGUUGAUGUUUGUUGAAGAUUUUCUGCUAUACAUCUGUUAAAUUAAUAAAUAAGGCUUGCUGAAAGGUUUUCUGUUUAAUGUAUUGAUAUUACUGUAUUAAAUAACCUAGAUAAGUUGCCCUAAUCAUAUCCACAGACAAAAAUCAAUGUGUCCUAAUUGCUCAAUUUGUAGUUUAGCUCAUGGGUGAUUAAAUUUAGUUUAAUUUAAUUAACUUACUGAAAUAAUUAAGGCAGUUUAAAAUAUUCUUUUCUGUGCUUGUUUAAAAAAAAGGUUACUGCUUUAAUAAAAACAUUUACUGUAUGGCCGUAAUAUUAGCGCUGUUCUAUUUAAUUACCAAUGAUAUGUUGAGCAUUAUUAAAAAAGUCUAGAAUCAUUAUUAAUUAGCUUAGUAAGAUAUAAUGCUAGAGAGAAGAUUUUUUUUUUAUAUACAUAACAUAGCUGUUAUAAUUAGCUCAAAAAUAAAUAAUUGUUAUAGA